GUAUCACACAGAAACACACGUCCCACAUUUAAAAAUAUGGUUUUUAUUUACUUUUUUGUUUUCUUACUAGUUCCAUCCAGAGAACUUUGUCCCUGUUUUCUGGAAAAUUGUUUUAUUUUAUUGUAAAGACCUGGACCCCAAAAUAUGUCCUCGUUCCCCAGCUGGCCCAGGGUGACUGUGAGGAUAGACUUGACAUCACAAUAUCCCUUUUCUGAGGAUUCAUGCCCUUGGAGGGUGGGGUAGGAGGAGGGGUAACCCUAGGAGAAGUCAUCACCACUUUGUCCACCAUGGGUGAAGUAUGAAUCAGUAGCCAUGCCAGGCCUCAGCUGGGCCACAUCUGGAGAACUGGGGUGAGGGCACAACAUCGCAAAAUACCUGGCCCUAGCCUGGUCACUCAUCCCUUUUUGGGCAACAAGGAAACUAUCCUGUGGCAUGAGAACACAAUACCUGAGACAAAGGCCAGCAGAAACAUUUGCCUGCCCCUACCCUUUCUGCCCCAGCUUCCACCUGCACCCCAUCUGCCCGCCCACUGAAGCGCAUGUCGCAUGCCAUCUCUCGAACAUCCAGGAUGUCCCAGAGUGGAUGUCCUUCAGGUCUUUCGGCAGAUAAAAAUAUCUCUUCAAGUGCCACUCAAGUGAUAGUGAAGACUGCAGGCAACCAGAAAGACUUUAUGGUAGCUGAUGACAUCUCGGUGAGGCAGUUCAAGGAGAUGCUAUUGGCUCACUUCCAAUGCCAAAUGGACCAACUAGUGCUGGUCUUCAUGGGCCGCCUUCUCAAAGACCAUGACACACUGAGCCAGAGGGGCAUCAUGGAUGGCCACACCAUCUACCUGGUCAUCAUGUCCAAGCAUGGCUCCAGAUCUCUAGCCCAUUCCUUCCAGGAUCUGCCAACGAAUGAUCCCUGCCACUGGGACAGAAACACCAAAGGAAACAGCAGCGGGGUGCACCAACCAACUGGUAUGAAUCAAGCUCCAGUAGAAUUGGCCCACUUUGUGGGGCCUGAUGCACCCAAAGUGCAUACCCAGAACUUGGAAGUGAGCCAUCCAGAGCACAAAGCACAGAUGCUGGAGAAUCCUAGCAUCCAGCGGCUUCUGUCCAACAUGGAGUUCAUGCGGCAGUUCAUCUCAGAACAUUUAGACACUCAACAAUUGAUGCAGCAGAACCCAGAAGUUUCCCAUCUUCUUGACAAUUCUGAGAUCCUAUGGCAGACUCUGGAGCUGGCCAGGAACCUUGCUAUGAUCCAAGAGAUAAUGCAGAUCCAGCAACCUUCACAAAACCUUGAGUAUCCACUGAAUCCACAGCUGUAUCUGGGCUUAGAGACAAUGCCAGGUGGGAACAAUGCCCUGGGUCAGAACUGUGCUGACAUUAAUGAUCAAAUGCUGAACAGUAUGCAAGAUCCUUUUGGAGGAAACCCUUUCACAGCUCUCCUGGCAGGAAAAGUGCUGGAACAAGUCCAGUCUUCACCUCCACCUUCACCACCAUCCCAGGAACGACAAGACCAGCCACAGCAUCCUGCAACCCGAGUCAUCUAUAAUAGCUCUGGUGGUUUAUCUUCAAACACCUCAUCCAGUGACACCCCUAACAAGGUCAACCACACUUCCAAGGCCAACACUGCUAUGAUCUCCACCAAGGGCCAGAGCCAUGUCUGUGCCACUCGGCAGCCAGCUGGGAUACCAGCCUUACCUAGCAUAGAGCUUACCCAGCAGCUUCAAGAAGAAUACAAGGAUGCCACUGUUUCUCUAAGUAGCUCCAGAUAGAUAUUAGAGGGUGAUCUCCAGCUGUCAGAUGAAUAGACCAGCUCCCAGAUCACAGGAGGCAUGAUGCAGUCGCUUAUGAACACCCCCUACCUGGCAGCUCAGAUUAUGUUGUUCAUGAGUAUGCCUCAGCUGAGUGAACAGUGGAGGCAGCAGCUGCCCACAUUCCUGCAGCAGACACAGAUUUCUGAUCUGCUUAUUGCUUUAGCCAACCCUAAAGCAUUCCUAGCAAUAUUGCAGAUUGAGCAGGGCCUCCGGCUGCUGGCCACAGCGGCUCCGGUUCUUCUGCCUUGGGUUGCACCUUACCUAUGGGGCUUGGGUUGGCUUUCUGCCCCCAGCUGCAGCUAUCCUGACACAGUGCUCUGUUCCUGGAAUGUUUCGGAUAUACCCGAGCCUAAGGGACCUGAGUGCUGCCACAAACCUGGAACAGUCCUGUAGAGGCUACAAUCCCCAGAUGGGGACCCUUCCCACCCUCUGCAAGCUCAUGAGAUUCGUUUUAGCAAACAGAUGGAAUCUCUCCAGGCCCUGGAAGCUGGGAACCACCAUGCCAAUCUACAGGCACUCAUUGCUACUGAAGGGGACGCCAAUGCUGCUACCCACAAGCUCAAGGGAUCCCAGAGAUUCUAACCACCAUGCCUACUUCUUUGCUUGCCACCUGCCUGUUGACCCACCUGACCAUCUCAUAUGCCUUUUCCACCUCUCCUAAUGCUUCCAGCCAAGAGAAGUCCUGGAAUAAGAGUUAUCAACCAGUGUGUCUUGUACUGAAUAAUAGAUCACUGGCCAUGGCUGGAACAUCUGUCAACAAAAUGGCUACUUGCCCUGAUCUGAGGUUUGGCUUUACUUCUUUUGCAAAAAAAAAAAAAAAAAAAAAAAAAAAAAGAAAGAAAGAAAAAAAUAACUGUGUGAUAUUUUUGUCUCACCUACUAUACAUACAUUAACACAUAAACCACAUGCAUGUAUUAAUAUAGAGGUGACAAUAAUGUUUUUAUCUCUAAAACAUGAGCAUUUUGAGUGUGGUAUAUGAAACUUGAGCACAGUAUAUGAAACUGAUUAUUUUGAGCAUGUCACCUCAGACAGGUGUGUGUAUGUACACAAGCUCACGUAGUAAAAAAUUCACAUAUAGAGGUGUAUAGAGUCCACAUACAAGUACACACAGCCAGGUGCAAACAUGGAUGCAAAUACCUAGAGACACAUAAACAGACCCAUAUGUAGGGAAAACAAUCAUAACAUGCUCAAACAGAAAGGGAAACAUUUUACAUAGAUAGGCCUAGAUAUUUAGUCAUAAAGACUAUCUGAAUUUCUCAAACCCAAAUUGUUCAAGUUUGAAAGUGGAACAGAAAUAAUAUGUGGGCCAGAAUAGGGUGAAUUCACAUAUCGACCAAGUCCGGAUGAAUAGUUAUCGUCAUUGGAGCCUCUUACUCAUUGACAUUACCACCAUUAUAAGACGGUGAUGGGUUAUCACUACUUUCUCGUUAGCACACAGAGAUGCAGCUGCUGCCAUCUUCACUGUAUAUCUCAGUCACCACAAAUCCAGCCCUCCAUGGGGCACAGCACCUCCCAAGAAUAUCAUCUCCUUCAGUAUAUCUUAUGUUUGUAGUUUACAUUUUCCGUCGUUGCCCCACUUUUUUCUCUUUCUGCCUCACCUAGAGUAUCCCAGCAUGGCAGGAUAUUCAAUUACGUGUGUUUUAAUUAUUCCAUGAUUAAAUAAUUUAAUACACUCUUACCAGAAUAAUUCAGUGUUGUUUUAGGCAUUGAAAAAAUAGCAGUGAAAAAAAAUAAAGAUCCUUUAUUUAUUGACUUUACUGUCUUUUGUGGAGAUACAAGUUAUGUUAGGUGGUAAGUGCUAUGAAGAAAAAUGAAUCAGAACAAGAUAUUCCACCUAGGGUGAUCAGAGAAGGCCUCUCUGAAAAGGUGACAUUUGAGCAGAAAUCAGAUGUAACUAGGAGAACUGAACAUGCAAUUCACUGGGAGAAGGAUGAUCCACGAGCUGUCUGAAAGUAAAAGCCCCAAGAUAGCAGUAUUCCUGCUGUGUUUUAAGAGUAACAAGAAGGUGAUAUAGCUGAAAUGGAUAAAAAGGAGUGGGGAAUGGGAAGGAAGUCAGAGAGAUUGUGAAAAGUUUUAUAGGUCUAGUGAAAACUUUGGAUUUUACUGUGAAUGUAAUAGUCACUGGUGAGUUUUGAGCAAAUAAAUCAAAUCAUUCAAUUUAUCAGUCUGACUUCACAAUGGAGAAUGCACUGUGGGAGAGAAAAACCAGGGAAUCAGAGAAACCAGUUAGGAGGCUUUUAUAAUAGAGAAGUUGAGAAACAGUGGUUUCUUGCACUGGGGUGGGAGCAGGGGAGGUGUUGAGAAGUAGAUUCUGGACUCUAAAGAAUCUCUGUGGACCCAUCCACAGAGAUUUGUGUGCUCAACAAACCCCUUCUGAGCCCCACCAUGGCCAUCAGUAAGAGUGAAGAACAGGCUUACAAACUUUCAAGUGUUUCUAGAAAGCUCACUGCCAAAGACCCCUGCUUCAUGUCCACACCUAUCAAAAAGAAGUCUCAAGAAAUAAAUUACAGUGAAAAUGAAUUUUUUGCCUCCCCAUUUAAUAUGAUUAAGCUUCAUACCCUCUCUGCUACAGCUUGCAUAAAAAGCUCAAGCUAUCCAGGUCAUCUUUUUUAUUUUCAUCACAAUAUGCUCUGAAAAUUCCUUACUUGACUCAUUUUUCUACUCAUUACCAAUUUUCCAAGUCUUUUCAUCCUACCAUUUAGAAGUCAUAACUCAGCAAUAGAAAAACCCACAUAUCUACAACCUUCUUUCUAAAGAUGACUAUACCUUUUUGCUAUCAUGGAGAUCUGGAUGUUCACUGAAGACACUGCUUCUCCAGCAGUGGCUACAUCUUUGUUCCCCUUGAACUUGGAAGUGGAUAGAUGUCAUUCUUGCACCAUCUUGCUGCUUCUCAGCCCUAGUUUUCUGGCUCCAAGAUUAUUUCAUGACCUAUGAAUAUAAUAAUUGUAGCAUAAUACUUGCCUAGUUAACUCAUUAUGGUGAUACUGAACUCUUCACCUAGUCUCUGUUUAGGCAAAGAAAAGCAUACAACUGUGCUGACUAGUUUCAUUUAAACUUAUUAUGAAAAGAAUUAAUUAUUGUCUUAGCAAUCCUAACUGCAUUUUCCCAGUCCAGUAAUUCUCACCAGAAUCUGCACCAGGAUCACCCAGAGGGUGUGUUAAAAUACAGAUUUCUGCGUGACAUUCCAAGGGUGUCUGAUUCAGUAGGUCUACAGUAGCGUUGAAAUCUCUCAUUUCUAAUAAGUUUCCAGGUGGUGCUAAUGCUGUCAGUUUGGAGAUCAUACCUGGAAAUCUACUAUCCUAGUUAACUCACUAAAUUAUUGUUAGUCCAAACUGCAUCAUUUUGUAAACUUCCCACUAUUUUGCAGACCUUGGUCAAACUGAAACAUUUCACAGCGGUUCAGGCUAUGAGAAACAUCCUGCCUAACCACCUGACCACAAGGAGGACAAAGGCCCAACUAAAGUAACAUCCCUAUCAUAUCUUGCUAGGCAAAGGUCCAUUGAACACCACGAUGAUAUCCUACAGAAACAAGGACCAACCGCCUCAUCCUGAGAACACCUUAUCAAUAUCCUGCCAGGCAGCAAGCCAUACUGCUCAGACCACUCGCUCCCAUACCUAUAAACUACCCCAGCCUGUAAGAAGCGGUGGGCUCUGGCAUUAGGCUGGUCCCACACUUCUCUAGGUUUUAUGCUAGAUAUAAAGCCUGCAUUUGCUGUGUUUGUGUGUCUUUCUUUAACCCUUGCCUUCUCUUCGAAACCUAACACUUAUUCUUUCAGAUGAUCAAUUCAUAUCUUGUUUUCUCUUCUCUAAAUCUUAAAAGUUGUGUUUAUUUCAACAAGAAAGACAAUAAUAAUCAGAAGGGACUUCUACCUGUGUCUACCAUGAAAUCAAUCAACUAGCUUACAUCUGUCCCAAUACACUCUGCCUCCCAUGCAUUCUGCUGUCAUGAAUAAACUGUUCAUAUCCCUAAAUCAAGCUCUCCACAUGGGCACUUGCUCCCAAUCUCUCUAACUUAUCUAUUCAAUAACUUAAUAGUUUUCCCUUUCUCAUGCAUCAAUUUUUUCUACUCAUUGGAUUGCUUCCAUCAGGAUAUAAACAUCACACACUAUUCUUAAGACAAAAAAUCUAAAAAGCCUUUAACCCCACAUUCCCACAUAGCUGUCAUCCCCUUUCUUGCAUUUAUAAUACCCUUACUAGAUCUACUUUUUCCCAAACAAUUUGCUUUUAAACACACUCUAAUCAGGCUUCCUUCCUCUACUAUCCUUCCAAAGUUUGUCUCAUCAUGGUCUCCAAUUCUUUAUUUUUUCAAAUCCAGUGGCCAAUUCUCAAUCCUCAUUCUCCUGACCUAGCAGCAUCAUUUGACAUGGCUGGUCACUCUCUCCUUUUUGAAACUCUUCUUCCUUUGGCCUUUCUCUUUUCUCUUUUUUUCUACCUUAUUGUAUUAUUUUUUCUCAGUUUCCUUUGCCAAAUUCUUCUGAUCUUCCAGAUUUCUAAAUGUUAUAGAGCCACAAAACUCAGAUUUUAAAAUCUCUAUCAUUUUGCCUGUAUGCACUAACUAGCUAAUCUAAACCAGUCCAUGAUGUUAAGCACCCUUUGAAUGCUAAUAAACUCUGGACUUAUAAUAUUCAA